AUGACCAGCAGCUUGAAACAGUUCGUAUGGUUCAUACACUGGGAUAGAACUGGGGCCAUUGUUAGCAGGCAUUUCGACUAUACAAAGGAUUCUGGCCUGCUCUUCGAUUUUUAUAAACGAUUUUCCCAGUUAUCACCAAGCCAACGGGGGAAGGACGCCUGGGUCCCUCCCGUCACAGAUGACAACGACAACGCCAUUGCUGCUCGAGUAAAAUUUGGCCCGUAUGUUACAGAUAUGUGGCAUGGUGAUGCCCGGGCGAAGCAAAAGAGGAAGAUAAAAAUCGAGAAGCAGAAGCUUCUCCGUAUGGAGGUGACCCUCCAAGGCGUCGUUCGCCGGUUCGUGGUGUGUGCUCAAAAUUUCGACGAAGACUCAUUGUCACCAUUCGGACAAUCGACGUGUCGGUCUCUCGCUCUCGAUUUGGAUAGUCCUGAUCUUCAUGACCCUAAAAACCCCCGCGGGGGGCUGCUGUUCAUGAAGGUCUAUUGGCGUGCUGACUCCUCCGGGACCGCCAAAGAAUCCGACAUCUAUCACCUUCUCGCCCAGCACCGAGUCCCCCAUGUAGCUGAAAUGGAGACUGGCGGAGACGUCCCUGAUAUGGUCACACCUAGUGAACUUGGUCGAACAAACAGUCUGCCAAGCUGGCCUCAGGUUGGGAAUGUCAACAAGUACGGGGGGGAGUGGGAUAUGAGGCCUUCAAAUGUCAUGUUCAACGGGGAAUUUGAUCCGUGGCGAACGAUGGGUCUAGCGUCAAUUGAAGAUAACUCUCCCAUACGCCUUCCUUCCAUCGUUCAUUGUAAUUGUAUCUGCGUGAGUGUCAUCCCGCCCGAGUCUUUCAUUGAUCCACGCCAGUUCCGUAGCUGGGGUCAUCAGGACUUCCGGGAAUCUCAUCGUGUUGGUCGGUCCGAUGCUACAAAUAACUUGAAGUAUCUACCGUUGUCUGUGGUCAAUUACUGGCUACAAUUCCUGUGUCGCAAAUUUUCCGGUUUCCACAAGUUUUCUAUCGUUUUCGAAACGAAGAAAAACGAUGCGCCAGUGUGCAGCGUUUCUUUCUCCGCCGUCGCGUUUCGGGAUAAUUCCCAUAAGCACGGCGCGCUGAUCCCCCGCCAUUGCGCUACUACGCGCACUGACCACCCGACGCGUAUAAAAGGGUGUCAUUCUCCCGCCAUCCCCCAAACGCUUCUUUCUUUUUUCCCCCACGCGACACGGUACUUGCCCAACGAGUGCCUUGCCAAGAGAUUUUCCCGCUACCAUUCACGCCAACUGCGUCUUUCUCUGACCAUCCCCCAAACGCGUCUUUCCUUCCUUCCCUCAUCAUCGUUUCAUCUCCCGCCAUCGUCCACACGUGUCGACCUGCUCUACAUCGAGACCCAGUCGACUGCACCUCAUUUCGAUACGAAUCAUCCGCACAUCAGACUCUGCUCUUCCGCAUCUCUAACAGACGCUCUAACUCCCACCCGCACUACGAGAGUAGAAUUCCUCAUGUCCCGCAUACAAUGCUACCACCAAACGGCAUGGCUGUCAACAAUCAUUGUUCUAAGAUGA